AUGAUAAGUCAAUUAGAAAAGUGUGAGGAUAGAUUAGGAGAGGAUUCUGUACAAAAUAAAACUCAUAAAGAUUAUGACCUAGCGGGAAUCAGCUCGCCAUGCACAGACAGAAACCAUAUAUUCCUGAUCCCUGGUGCUCUCACGGCUGGUGGUUCAAGUCGAGCCUGUGUCUCCAGGUUCUAUACGGAAGGUUCAGCUCAAAUGACACUCACGCUGAAUGUUGAUGGGGAAACUGUGACUUCGAGUCGAGACCUUCAAUCAGGUGACGGUGGAUGUCUGGACAUAUCAGUUCCACAGCGACCAAAUUCUAAAGCCGAUGUCUAUAUUAAUAUAAGAUAUCCUCAAUGCGUGUGGGAGCGACAUAUGAGAGUUCGUGUAUCAACUGGUCGCGUGGUGGUGAUACAUACGGAACGAGCUCGAUAUAAACCUGGAGACCUGGUCAGGGUUAGAGCUCUCGUCGUUAAAGCUGACCUAACACCUGCACAUACAGCUAUUGAUGAAAUAUGGCUGGAGGGACCUGGUGGGUGGGGGGUAAAGACAGCACAGUGGCUCAAACUGCGACCUCGACUGGGACUGGUCCAGGUUCAGCAUCAGUUGGACGACAUAGCUCCACCAGGGAAAUGGAGAGUGAGGACUCGCCUCGCUGAUGGAGCCCAGUUUUCCUCUUCAUUUUUGGUGGGUAACUACGAACUACCACCAUUUCAACUAACAGUUCGUCACUCUCCAAGAAUAUUAAGGACCAGCGAGAGACUUGUGUGGACCGUGUGUGUGAGGUAUCCCUGGUCUGAAGCCGUGGAAGGCAUGUUGGUUAUACGUCUCCGCGGUGCGGGUGGAGGUGAUAGCGCUGGGAUCAGAACUGCUGUUCGUCUGAAGGCACCUCGAGCAUGCCACAGACACGCCGCAGCGGCUAAACGUAUAGGACUGAACGGUGAUAACCCUCCCGAUGUGGUUGUUGCAGACUUUUCGUUUGAAGAGGAAGGUACCGGUGUGUGGCAGAAUACUACAGUGGUGUCACAAGUUGUGGAUGAAGCGCUUACUUUGGAGUUCCUUACUAAACAUCGCGUCAUCAUAUCACCCGGGCUGCCUCAUAAGAUUAAAAUAAAGGCUACUCGUUGGGACAGCAAGCCUGCUGUGAACGAGCGAGUGAACGUAUGUCGGUCACCAUCUUCAAUUAUUGCAUCUCAAUUUAACUCCACUGAAGCCAUUUGUGUGAACGCCACCACAGACGAGAAGGGAAUAGCAAGAGUCAUGUUCAAUGCUGACGAUAGUCCAUAUUACAACCUACAGGCUAGCAUCAACAACACUCGCACGACUACUCAAGUCCUCGUAGUUCGUUCUGGUCGAGCAGCACUCGGAGCUCUUCGGUCAGAACAGCACGGUGCUGCCUUACUGCCGCUGUACAUCGACUUGAAAGUCGUCGCACCACUCACUGUGCAUUUCGUGGUCAUCACUCGCGGCGGCAUCAUCUUUAGAUGGGGAGCGACAACUCAAUGUCCAAUAACAAGUCAGACAGACAAAAUAAUAACAUCUCCAAGAAAUAGUGUCUGCCCGAAUACAAAUCCAUAUUCAAUAGAUAAGAUCCUUAAUAAUAACCUGGAGUCAAAUUCCACUGAACUCGAAACUCUUCUAGAUAACUAUUUAUCUAAAGUAAUGCUACCAAUAAAAGUCAGCCCUCAAAUGUGUCCGGAAAGCCAUCUCAUAGCAUACUUCUACCAUAACGAUGAGCUUAUCACGGCCAGCAAACAUUUUGAAAUGGAAGACUGCUUCGUCAGAAAGGUGGAUGCGACAUGGUCACCACGUUUGGUUACACCUGGUUCUCUGGCAACGCUGCAACUCACCACUCCUGGGCCAGCAUUAUGUGCUCUUACAGUUUUGGAUACAGCUUCUAAAUGGAUUCAAUACGAAAAUAUCAGAGAGCUUGUGAUGAACGGUCUGAAGACUCUCAUGGACAGUCAUAGAAAUCUGACAGAACAUGAUGCUGCAUGGGAAUGCUUUCUAACAUCGGAUAGCCCGGUUUUGUCUACAAGUCGCGACCUCUUGAGCUGGUGGCUGGCUUCGGCAGGAGUGAGACUCCUGGGAGACCGUCCUUCAUCCUGCGAAGCACCAGAGCUGAUGAUAGAUGACGUAUUACCUAGAAGUGAUUUCUCAGAGUCGUGGUUGUGGAAGCUGGCUGCAGUAAGUUCGCGAGGUUCCUUAUCUGUGACUUCCCGCGCGCCUCACACAGUGACGAGAUAUGAAGCGACGGCUCUGUGCGUGUCUCGAGCUGGUCUAGCCAUUUCUCCACCCGCCGUGCUUCAGGUAUUCCGCGAGGUGUUUAUUCACGCGAGCGGUCCACGCCGCGUGCGUCGCGGUGACGCUAUUGUUGUCCCAUACAGGGUGUUCAACUAUCUGUACACACCACACGCUGUUGAAAUCGUCAUAUCAACGAAUCACGUAGUGGAUGGAUUAACUCGUGAGGUUGUAUGUCUGUCUGCUCGAGCGUCCGUCGCGCGUAGGAUGUUGGUGACGUGUCAAGAGUCGGACCUCCUCAGCAUCAAAAUAACAGGAUUGAAGAAUGCCAACUGCAGUACGGACUAUAGAAAGUUCAGCGAUGAAGUUAUAAUCAACAUCCAGGUAGAUCCCGAGGGCGUUCCAGUGAGAGAGAUGAAAUCUGCACUAUUAUGUGGAGUUGAUAGUGUGAACUUCACGAGCUCGUCAGAAGUGACCUGGGACUGGUCAUCAGAGAGAGCGCUACCAGGGACCGAAACUUUGACUGUUUGGACAACCACAGACCUCAUGGGACCUCUACUAGCUCAUGCAGAUGGAUUAGUGGAUCUCCCGCGAGGCUGCGGCGAACAGAACAUGGCCCGCCUCGCCACCGCCCUGCUAGCACUGCGGCUGUUGGAUCCACACUCACCCGCUGCAGACGACACGAAGGAUCAAGUGGCUAGAGGGUUCACCCGUCAACUGCAGUACGCUCACGUCGGAGGAGGGUUCAGUGCUUUUGGUAAGAACGAUCCUACUCCCUCCACCUGGCUCACGGCGUUCAGCUUGAGAUAUAUGAAGAAGGCUUACGAGGUCAUAUCUGGGUCUAGUCCGCUGCCUCCAGUGUUAGAACUAUCUCAAGCCUGGUUGCUCAACCAACAACUCGAAAAUGGUUGUUUCAGAAACACUGGACACGUGUUCCAUCAUCUGCUCAAGGGCGGUCUGGACGAAGGUGGAGAAAUAGCUAAUGUGGCCCUCACAGCUUACGUCAUUGCCUCCCUCACAGAAACCUCCCUCCCUUACAAGAUCCUCAACAAUUCCCUCCCAUGUCUCCGCGCCCUCGUACCCAUGAGGACCAAAACUAAUUCAAGAGUAUACGCACAAGCCUUGAUAACUUACGCGUUCAUGAAAUUGAGGAAAUAUGAGGAAUUAGGCAAUGAUACCUUGAUGGGGAGUUUGGAGGAAGAUUACUUGAGAGAACUGAUCGAGUUAUUAAGGAUUGCUAAGAGGAGUGGAGAUUUUGUUUGGUGGGAAACAGGUAACCUAGCUACAUCCAUCGAGGCCACGGGAUACGCUCUCCUCGCUCUAUCUGAAUGUCCGCCGAGGAGAGGCUGCGAGGUCGCUGCAGCCGGCUCAUUGAGAUGGCUGGCGGCUCACAGAGGAACUACAGGCGGAUUCCUAUCCACUCAGGACACGUUGGUGGCCUUGGAGGGUAUGUCUCGUUUAUCCCCCCUUCCUGCUGGGGGGUUGGUGACACUACAGUCAGGUGACGACACGAGGGUCGUGACCCCUAAAGCCAUCCCCGAGCUGAUGAAGAUGAAGGUGGACCAGCUGAGAGUCGCCGUUGAAGGCCCCGGGUGUGCUCUAGUUCAGGCCACACAUAGCUACAACACUCUCGAGCCACACGAGCACCAACUCGAGCCGAGCUCUCUCUCCGUGCACACAAACGUACAAACCGACGGUCCCUUCGACUGUGUUAACGAUAUCUGCUUCUGUGCCGCCAUCGUUAAGGUUUGUGCAUGGUGGCGCGGAUCUUUACCCGCCAUGUCCGUUCUAUCAGUGACGAUGCCCACGGGCUACACUCCAAGCGCUACCCACCUCUACUCACAACUCAACAAUCAAACACUUCUCCGUCGUGUGGAAAUCUCGUCUGCAAGCAACAAGGUGAGUAUGUAUCUUGGGACACGAGAUGCUAGCACCAGCACAGACGGCCAGGAGUGUUAUACACUGCACCUCGUGGGACCGAGACUUAAAACUAAGCCAGCAUACGUCGAAAUCAUUGACUACUAUCGACCUCAUGUCAGGGAUAUACAAAUGUUUACAAUCCCAGAGGACUGUCCUCCAAGGAUAGCUCCGGACGAUUCAAAUCAAUAUCUACCCUCCGAUAAUUUAUUCAGCAAAGCGAAGUCUUUAGACGGUGAAGACGUAGUCAUAUCAUACGAAUAUACCAUUGACGAUCUGCCAGAAGGAAUACCGCUUGAAGAUCCUAUAUACGACAACUUGACCAGAAUUAAUAAGAUUAUUGAUAAAAAACCAAACAAAGAUGUCUCUAAAAAUAUAUUUAAUGAUAAAUUAACAAAUAGUACUGACGCUACCAAUACUGGUAGGACAGAGGAAUUAAAGAAGCAUAACGAGAAGAUUCAAAUGGAUUAUGAAAGAAGAUCAGAUGAUCUAAAAGAUAAUACAUCAGUAGUUUCUCAAGUAACUGCUCAAACUCAAUCGAGUGAGCCGAAAGAGUCCUUGAAUCCAAAUUUAUCAUCCUUCCACGUUAUAUAUAGUGACCAGGACUUGCAAGUACCGUCGGGGAUCGAAGGUCCUGUACCUGCUAUAGUUCUACCACCGCCUGAAUUCCUCGCUAGGAACAGAGGUAUAUAUACCAUGCCUACAAAAUAA